AUGCUUUCACGUCCAGACUUCUCGCGCUUAUAUGCCUCUUUGCAAAGCAUAAUCUCACAAGCUAUAACUGGCCUCAGUCCUGCCAGCAACCUUCCUGCCUCGUCACUUAUGACCCAGCCAUCACUCGGACCUGAUUCACCAUCUCUUUUUCUGGCUAUGGAAGCGGCUCAUUUACCCUUGAGUCAGUACACUCUGAUGCUGGCCUGGAGACCCCUCGAGCUGCUUCCUCCACCUCCUGAAUACCUAUUGCACCUACGCACUUGGCUUUGCCGACUGGCUCAGCUGGCUUGGGGCCCUCAUCGGCUGCAGGCCCAAGUGCCACUUGGCCUACAAGGUCGAAACCUUUCAGAAACAACUGAAAAUAACCCAGAAUCUUCCCCAAUCACUUCUAGUAUAGGACAAAGUAAUUUUAUCUGUCUUGCUAUCUGGCUCGAUCGACUACAAGGCACAUAUCAGCUGCUCAAUCCUGAUGAAAUGAGUAGGCAUACGCUUUGCAUUUAG